GAAGAAUGAGCCGUUAAGCAGGAAAGUAAAUGACGGGAAGAGGAGGAAGACACCAACGAAGAAGAAAAAAAAAGACUUCAAGUCAUUUUCCGGGUGUUUGUUGGUGCUGAGUUUGGACCAGGACACUGAGCAGGAUGCUGCUGGUUCUGUCUGACGAACAUAAAGAACAUCUCUCCUUCCUGCCGAAGGUCGACACUGCAGUGGUUGCUGAGUUUGGUCGUAUCGCACUGGAGUUCCUGAGGAGGGGAAGCAGCCCCAAGAUCUAUGAGGCAGCAGCCAGAAAGCUCUGUGUUCCUGUGGAUAUGGUGCAGCACGGAGUGGAAGGCCUGAUGUUCCUGAUGACAGAGAGCUCCAAACAUAUGAUCUCUGAAGUGGAUUUCCUGGACUCUGUGUUAGCUUUGGGGUUUGGCGAUGAGCUCAACCAGAUCCUCGUACAGCUCUACCUGCAGCACCACAGUCAGGUCCGCAGCAUUCUGAGUCAGCUGCCCUCCACUCUACCUGCCUACCACAACCUGGAGUGGAGACUGGAUGUGCAGUUGGCGAGUCGCUCGCUCCGUCAGCAGGUCAUUCCCAUGCUGACGAUGCGCCUGCUCCUAUCAAGAGGCUGUGACGGCGACAGCAGCAGGGUUCUCCAGACAGACCCCAGCACCCUCCUGCACCUCAUCUCCACACUGGAGGCCGCUCUGGCUGCCAUGAAAACAAGCCACUCUCGACGCAUAUUGCGCAAUAUCAAAUAACCGCCCAGGUGGCGUUCUGUUUGGUUUGUGUGCCUCUUGCCACCUGUAAAAUACCACGUUACUGCCUUUAUACAGAGAAAACAUGAGAAACACAUUUCUCAGUGCCUCUUUACUCUUCAGACUGAGAAAUUAUCAUAAUUUUAUUAUCUUUUUAUUACCCUAUGACCCAAUUGAUAUUGACUGUAUUGUACAUAAUGUUUCUACAGUGCUGCUGAUGUUGCAUUAAAGUGUAAGAUACAGAUACACCAUUCUUGUGGUUUGUUAAAGCCAAGACAACAAGCCUACCAACGCCUGACUGGAACAGAGUGUUAAUCACAUGAUGCUGAUGUGAUUAACACUCUGUUACAUGUGCAGCAGAAGAUGGGACAGUCAUUGCUGUUUACAGGGAAAACCGUUUGACAUUUUUUGAGUUCAUGUGUGUAUGCUGCUAUUGUGUAUUCAGUGUGUUGGUGAAUCCUGAGCCCUAUUAUGUAAAGCAACAUGUGUAGAGAAACCUUUGACCACAGUCAGAAGGAAUCAGGGGCCUCCUUUAUCAGUUGUGUGUGUAACCAUUGCAAAAGAAGGUGUCCACGCAUAGAUGAAUGGGAUCAUGUGUGAGAGUGUGUGUAAAUUUAGAAGCACUCCUGGCCAUGUAGGGAAGGUAUUUACAAUGAGACUGUGUUGUAGUAGUUUUAGUCUAAUUAGUAAUUUUCCGGACUCAUGACUUGAACUGGAUUUGACUGCAUUUGUUUGAAGACUGUUUUGUUGUUUUCUUUGUACACCUGAAGAAAGCAUGACCUGGAUGACUGGAAAUCUUCAGACACUGAUGCAGACAUUUUGCUCUCCAAUGUCUAUCCCUUUGAAUAGUGAACUAGUAACUUCUGCCUGAUCAUCUACUGUUUGUUAAAACUGGCUGUAGUGAACGAGGGGAGAACACAGUGCAGUUUCAGACCCAGUGUGCUUAUGAUUGUUGCACAUUACAACCCAGUGUAGAAUUGAAGGGCAUUAGAUAUGAUUAUAUUAAUAUUUUCAAUAAAACUGAGUUAUCAGCUUUCUCUUCAAA